CGACAAUACGUGAGAUCCAAAGUUCCAAGGUUACGGUGGACUCAUGAUCUUCAUCUUAGCUUUGUCCAUGCGGUACAACGUCUCGGAGGUCAAGAAAGGGCAACGCCCAAGCUGGUUUUGAAGCUAAUGAACGUUGAGGGACUAAGCAUUGCUCAUGUCAAGAGCCAUUUGCAGAUGUACAGGAGCAAGAAUGUUGAUGGUCAGGGACAAGUGAUAAACGAGGGAACAAUCUAUCCUACAUGGACUGCAAACAAUCUUCAACAAAACCUGUGGCAAUUACCAGCGUUUGAUCAAAGAAUAACAUCCAACUUCAGGUUCCCUAGAAGCAGAAACAAUGUAAACUGGAUAUCUUCAAGGAACAAUAUGACCAAUCUAAAUAGUGACUCAAUCUUUACUACAUCCCCGAAGGGGAAAAGUAGUAGAGAAUGUGACAGUACUACACGAUCAGCGCAUGACCAGUUACAUUGACAAAAUAUAAAGCUCAUGAUAAUGAGAAACAUUGGGAAUGGAGUUUCUUAUUCCCCAUUCAGAAAUUGGAACAAUUUUGGUGCAACAAAUGAGGACAAAGUUGCGGGAGAUAACGAGAUUGAUUUGAAGUUGAGCAUGGACCUGGUGGCUAUGAGAGAUCAUCAAGAUGAUAAUUUCAAAAGCAAAACGUUAUAUUGUAAGAGGAGUUUGGAUUAUAAUGAGAAAGAAGUGGCUAAAUCAUUGUCUCUUUCUUUAUCAUCAUCAUCAAUGUCUUAGUUUUCUUUCUAAGUUUAAGAAAUAAUUUUAGUCUCAUUUAAAUACAAGGUUCUACAUAGAGAGUUUUAAUUUGAAACA